CAGAAUGACACUGGAGGCAUUGGUGAAACCAGCUGUGGCCUGAUGCACACGUACACAUGGAAUCGAUACUUGGAGGGAAGCUUGAGCCAAGCAGCUGGGGCGUAGGGAGGGCUUACUGUAAUCGCCAUGCAGAGGCAGUAAUGGAAUUAGCAGCCACUCAGUCUAGCUGGCCUACGAGCCUCUCGCCUUCGCCUCCACCUCCAGCCCUGCCCUGGAUGCAACAUGCAGGGGGGAGCAGCGAGCCCCAAGAGGACCUGAUGAUCAGCCCCCCAGCAAAGCGCUCCAUCUUUCCUGGUAUGGAAGCCCUGGAGGAUGGGGAAGAGCCAAGUGGCCGGCAUGGGCAGGAGGCAGAGGGCAGCCCCCGCCUGCGGCAGAGAGUCCAGUUCCUGCUGCCCCACACCACGAUCCAGGUGCCUCCGCCCCAGCAGGAGGAGCAGCCGUUCUACCAGCGCCUGGAGCGCUUGCUGGGACCAGCGAAGCAAGGCAGCUUUGAGGACCUUUUUGCUGCUGACGGCUGGGAGGACCUCCUGGAGGACAAGGGCCUGAGGAAGUGGCUGGUGAGAGCUGGCCAGGGAAAGGGCGGCAGGCCACGGCCAGGCCAGGAGGUGACUGUGAAGCUGCUGGGAGUCCUGGAGGACCAGAGCCUGGUGGAGAAGGACCCAAAGCUCACCUUUGUCCUCGGCCAGGGCACAGCCAUUCAGGCCUUGGAGCUUGGAGUCCUGUCCAUGCAGCUAGGCGAAGUUGCCCUUCUCCUCGCCAAUCCUGCAUGUGCCUACGGCCACUUGGGCAGAGAACCUGACAUCCCAAAGGAGGCCAAGUUGCUGUAUGAGGUGACCCUACUGCAGGUGCAGGACAGCCCUGACCCGUCACUCUUGCCAGCCAUGGAGCGCCUCAGCCUGGGCAACCAGAACCGGGAGUGGGGCAACUUCCACUUUGAGCGGGAGGAGUACCAGCAGGCCUUGCAUUCCUACCAGCAGGCUCUGUGUGUGCUGCUCCUGCCCAGUACAGACUGCCUGAGCCCAGAGGAGGACGAGGAGCUACGUGAACUUCAGGUCAAAUGCCUCAAUAACUGUGCAGCUGCCCAGCUGAAGCUGCAACUGCUAGAUGAGGCCCUGGCAUCCUGCAAUGAGGUGAUGCGGCUGGACCCAGACAACGUCAAGGCCCUUUACAGGAAAGGCAAGCUGUUGUCGGAGCGGGGAGAGGACCAGGCUGCCAUGGCCAUUCUGAAGCGAGCCCUUCAGUUGGAACCAACCACCAAGGCUAUCCAUGCGGAGCUCUCCAAGCUGGCCAGACGGCAGAGGGGGCAGCCACAAGGCCCAGCAAGGCACCUCCAGGAAGAUGCUGCAGCCGCCACCGUUGCUCACACCUCUCAGCUCUUUACCGAAAGCCGCCCCCGCCUCACCUGUGAUCCCGGGAUGGGGUGGCGGAAGUGCCCGCCGGAUUUCCCCAGCAGCAGGCGGCAAGGAAGGCCCUUCCUUGCUUCUCACGGAGUUCUGAGGAAUCCGCCUCUCCGGGGCAAGGGGCUGGCCGGCCGGCGACUAAGCGCCCGUCGGCGCGCACGGCGGCUGUCCUGGGCCGGAGGAAGCAAGCGCGCCCACGCCUGCCUGCUUGCCUGCCUGCCUUUGCCAGGCAGAGCUGCGAGACUCGCCCGGCGAGCAGCGGCAGCGCGAGUGCGCACCAGGAGCGCCGCUGGGGUCGCAUCCCGCUGGGGCCGGGACGGGGCAGCCCCGUGUUUGCCAGCGUGGCCGCUUCGGUCGCCGCGCAACCGUCCCCGCGCGGCCCUGGCUGGGCGGAACCUGGGCCUCCCUUCCCUCUCGUCUCCUCGACUUCCAUUCACACGUGCCGGACGUGAACGCGUGAACGGGACCACAGCCUCUGCUUCCCGGGAGGCGGAGCAGGCCCCGCCCCGCUGCGUCACCAGAGUCGGUCGCGGAGGAGGGGCGCGGCUUCGGGGCCGCCACGUUGCGGCCCCGCCCCCACAGCCAAUCCCUGAGCUGUCCGUCUAG